AUGAUGAACGAGCAUACAAGUAAUCAAGUUGAAUCAAUUGAUGUUACUGAUUCUCAAUGUAAUACACAAAUUACAACAAGAGAUUCUAAUGAAAAUUCAUCAUUAUUAACGAAAACAAUUAUUGAAGAUAAAUCACCUGCACUUGGCGAAUAUACUAUAACAGAACGUGAUGAAAAACCAUCUUUAUUAGAAGUAUUUCGUCAUCAUGUGAAAUCAUUCUAUGGUAGGGAUGAUGCUCGUUUAUGGUUAAAACAUAUUCAAUCGAAAGGACACCGCGGGAUAAGAUAG